AUAUAUAUAUACCCGGUAUAUGUCUUCGAAAUAAAAUAAGCGGAUAAACGACACGUCUCUGGCAAUUGCGCAAUAACCCAACCCUUUAUUUUGCUACGUUGGAAUAUAUUUACAAGUAUUUUGCUUUCUUAUUUGUAGACCCACGGAACAAGACUACCAUGGACGAAGAUGAUGUUCUAACCACCCUGAAAAUUCUUAUUAUUGGAGAAAGUGGAGUAGGGAAAUCGAGUUUACUCCUCCGAUUCACAGACGAUACGUUCGAUCCCGAGCAAGCAGCUACAAUAGGAGUGGACUUCAAAGUGAAAACUCUUACUGUAGAUGGCAAUAAAGCUAAACUUGCUAUAUGGGACACAGCAGGACAAGAGAGAUUCCGCACGCUGACACCAAGUUAUUACCGGGGAGCUCAGGGGGUCAUUCUGGUAUAUGAUGUCAGCAAUCAGAUGACCUUUGACCGGUUAGGUCAGUGGUUGAAUGAACUUGAUACGUACUCUACUAAGGCAGACAUUAUUAAGAUGCUGGUCGGAAACAAGAUAGACAAGGAGAAAAGAGAAGUAUCUAGAGAGCAGGGCCUAAAGUUUGCCAGGAAACAUUCUUGCCUCUUUAUCGAAUGCAGCGCCAAAACAAGAGAUGGAGUGCAGUGUGCUUUUGAGGAGCUGGUAGAAAAGAUCAUUCAGACUCCCGGUCUAUGGGAGAAUGACACAAGACAAAGAGGGUUUGGAGUCGGUCAACCAGGGCAGCCCAACCAAGGUGGAUGCAGCGGUUACUGCAGUCUAAUAUGAAACAGAACGACCGCUUGAUGAAUCCCUCCAUAGGGUUCAAAGACUCUUUGACGGGCAUGAUGAUGAAUCAGUGAUAUAAAUCAUCAAAUUAUAUGAGCUAUUCAUCAGACUGCAAUUCCAAUGGACUUGGCAUUACGUGGGUUGUCUGAGGAAUACCCCACGCAGCAGUAGGAGAUGGCUUGCUCUGUGUAAUUGUGUUGUCGCAGAAACUCAAUGCAUACAAAAGUCCCUGGAACCAUCAAAAUUAUGUUGUUGAAGCAAGAAUUUGUCUCCUAGCAUUAAGAAUUAGAACCAACAAGCAAAGUGAUGGAAAGAGCCUUAGCUGAGGACCUGUUUCAUAAAAAAUGUUACCACUAAUAAGUGCUAGAGUUGCAAGUCAAAUUUGCUCUUGACCAAUCAAAUUACAGUAUUACUGGAGCUUAUAACAGGAGCUUGUAAAAAGUUUUAUGAAACAGGGCCUCUGAAUAAUACAUCACCUUCUCAAGUCAAGAACUGUGUUUCUCAAGGGGAGUGUUUCAUAAAUCACAUUGUCAGUGAUUUUUCACAGACAAAUGUAUCCUCAGCCAAUCAGAUGCAAAGAUUUCAGUAGCUUACAACAGUUUUAAGUGAUGACAAUAUGAAAUGCUCCCCUGAUAUUAUAUGUGUUUCCUCUGUACAUAUUUAUUGAUCCCACUCUCUAGGAUCUAAGAUAUAGUAGUAUCUACAUGUAGAAUUGACUGAAUAUUGUUCCCCUUACAUAUAUGAAUGAAAUUUAGAUCUCACUUGUGAAAUCAGCAAUCCAGUUAUUUAAAACAAUGUGACAUUUUCGACAGAGUUCGCCACACUUGGCUCAGCCAUUAUCCAUAGUUAUUUGUAGUUUUAACUUGAUACACCUUACUAAAAGUGGGCUAAUGUCUUACAAAAUCAAUUAUAGCUCCUUGAAAAGCCAGAAAUUUUGCAUUCUGUCAUAGCCAUCUUUGUGAAGUGACUUCAGUAUUGUGUGAUAUCUUAUGUGUGUAGGAAUAUCAACAUGAUAACGUGGCUAUCCACCCAUACAUGUACAUGUACAUAAUGUAGGUCAUCUUCUUGAUGAUCAAAAUUUACUUCUCUAGCUACAUACACAGGAAACUCCAGAUGGCAAAUUGCUGUGCUUAAUUGAUUUCCAAGAGGUUUCUAUUUUCCUGAUUCCUUCAUGUGUCAUUAAAAUCAAGGAAAUCUCAUGAUGUUCCCAGAGUCAACAACAUUCCGUUAAGUCAUGCACAUGUUUAUCAAGAAUCCCAUUAUAUAGAUAAACUUAAAGACUAUAUCCUUUGAGGAAGCACAUGCUACAUACUGCAGAUGUAGGAAAGCAUGCUUCAUACAUCACCAAUCUGCUACUAUCUUUAACAAAUUGCUUCAAAUUCUAAUUCAUUUAUUAUACAAAAUGGUAAA